AUGUCAAAUCUGUUCACCCAGCCAUGGUCAAAUUCGGAGAAAAUCAUCCUGUUAACCAACAUCAUCCAAGGUGCCGGCAAUGAUGUACCCAUGUACCUCCUCCAGAGCAUUUUAGAGAACAACAUACAGCCCAAAUGGCCCGAUAUGGCCUUGCCAGAAGGACGUUCACUCCAUGCGUGUCAGCAGUUCUACGACGACAUGGUGCGCGCAUUGCGGCAGCCUCGCUCAUUCUCCGCAAUUGGUCCAACGAGCUAUGCCCAACCACCCUUACUAGGACCACAGCCUCAAUCUACAAGAGCAGUAUCCGAGCAUGAGUACAAUCCGCCCCCGGCGCAACGCGCGAUACAGCCUCGCCCACCUCGGACCACCGACUCACCUCUGCCCACUACCACCAACGGGGAAGCCUUCACCAUAUUACGACCUUUUGCGCCAGAACUCGGAGUGGAAAGGCGCCGAAAGCGCGGUCGGCCAACGAAAGAGGAGGCUGAAGAACGCGAUCGGCGGCUGGCCGCGACGGGUCAGACUUAUGAGCCAAAGAAACGGCCAGCAAAGAAGCCCAGACCUUCCGACACACCGCACUCUUUGGCAGAAGGCUUUUCAACCAGGUCUCCCGGCGUGGAAACUCCCUCUGUGACCCGCGCUGAUCCUCAAGAGGAGACUUCCAGUGGGAAGAGGAGACGAGGUUACCAAAGUUAUGAAGAUUUGUCCCAAGGACCACGGCCCAAAUCUCCCCUAGAGGACUCAGGGAACGAGAGGAGCAUCGACGUUGCGCAAAGCCCUUCCGACAGGCUACUGUUGCGCUCGAACGAACGGACGCAGGCGGUAGCCUCGGUUGCACGAGACAUCCAUCAACAAGAUCGAAGCCCGCAGCUCAAACAAGAGCCCGAUCAGCGACAGGAAGAA